UCCACAUCCGUCUUAAUUCAGAGCAUAUUGCCACUUUGUCAUUGUUCUCAUUGCUUAUGUAUUCCGUUCACUUGUUCUGAUAUCAAAGAUUGGCCCUGUUCGCAUCGCAAAACAAUCAGUGACUAUAUCAGGAGUUGUAGCAAGACCUCUUUUCUCACUAAACUUCAAUUAAUUACCAAAACAAAGGAUCACUUGCUUCAUCCCAAUUCCUGUUACAAUUACAGUAUGGCCUAUACGGACGAUGCUGUGAAAGCGAAGCUUUCUGCCCUCAAUGAGACCCAGGAGGGCAUUGUCACAGUUGCGCAAUGGGUUAUGUUCCACAGGCGACAUGCUGAGCGUACUGCGCAACUUUGGCUACAAAAACUUCGCGACUCCCCUGCGCCGAAGCGAUUGAAUCUGAUAUAUCUUGCAAACGAGGUUGCGCAACAAUCAAGAGCACGACGGAAAGAGGAUUUCUUGAUAGCAUUCUCACCAAUUAUCGCAGAGGCGACGGCUACUGCGUACAAAGGUGCUUCGAAUGACAUCCAGCAGAAGCUCCGGCGAGUAGUAGAGGUCUGGAGACAACGGGCGAUCUUUGAGCCACCGAUUCAGGAUGCAGUUGAAGCGCGCAUAGAUGAAAUUGAUAAAUCACGCUCCAUCGGUAAAAAGCCGCCUCUAGGCGGGUCACUCUUCUCGAGCUCGUCUGGCUCAACGCCUUCUGAGCUUCAGCCCCUUGUCCCACUACAAGUGGCUCUAUCAAAAGCUACGGUUUCCUCAGGUGCAUCCGCGACAACUGCUAAUGCUGAGUAUGAUAAGAUGCAUGACCCCAGUACCCCUUUACCGACACCUCCAGUACAUGCCGCGCGGCUCAGCCAGCUAUUGAAGGCACUUGCGAAUGCCGAGAGCUCUGUCUCUGAGGUAAUAAAAUCGCGAAUAGCACUCAUUGAUGGUCUUGAGAAACUUCUUGAGACCAAUCGCUCGGCGUUGGCGAAGGAGCAGUCUCUGGCUACUCAGCUAUCAGAAAGAAGAUCAGAGACUGAGGCGAAGAAACGCGAGGUGGAGGAUGGAAUUAUGAGAGGGCUAUCCGCUGAAAAUUCGCCAGCCGUCAAUCUUGGAGACCCCGAGGGAGAACCCGUCACCCGUCCAGAAGUUGAAGCUCUAACACCCCCUCCCGUGGAAGCUCUUACACCCGUUGGAUCGCCAAAACAUGAGCUGCAAGAGAUGGAUUUUGCUGCGCAAAACCAUACCCAAUCUCAUGCACCGACCGCGGGCUUCGCGUUGCCAGGCUUCGGGCUUACAGCAGAAACUGCUCAAAGCAGUCUUCUAGAUGACCCAAACGGGCUCCAUCCUAAGAAACGCAAGGUCGUUCAUGAGGAAGAGGACUAUGCUCAGUUUGCCAGUGGUGAUCUGGACGCCGAUGUCGCCGAGUUAUUGCAGCAAGAAAGCAGUCUUCCCAAGUAAGGUCUAUGUAUGUUAGUUGGCUCUCCGUGAAAAGCUUAGUUGGCCGGCCCUUUUCGAUGUCUUCUUCUCAUGGACCCCUCAUGGAGCUCUUUCCGGUGACCGUGUAUCUCUGAAAUGUCGAGAAUGGGGAGAAUAAGCAUGAGGUGUCAUGUC